AUGCCGGAGUAUCAGCUUCAAGUCGCGGUCGUCCAGGUCGCCGUAGCCGUUGCAAGUCUUGCGGUUUUCACAGUCGGCGCACGCAAGUCGCGCCAGGAUGCCCUCCCAACGUUUCUCGAGGGCGAAGAGGCGCUUCUGCGCGACCCAUUCGAUGUAACGCGUCCUGAGGACACGGUGGAUGGGACCCCACUGAGGGAGGCUGAAUUCUGGACCAAGAUGCGCUUGCGCAAGCUCUUCGUCGCGUGUCUUUUGGGUAUCACCCUCGUCGUCCAAACUGUAUGCCUCGGCUGGUCGAUCGCGGAGAGCGACCGCGCGAGCAUCUUGGUGUACGCGCUCCAGACUGCGUUCGCGCUGUACGCGCUCUCCCUCGCCGGCCUCUCCAUCAACCAGACUUACGGCGAACACGCACGGUCAACAGUGCACUUAUCCAUACUCACCUUCUUUGCGACCAUACCCCCCGGUGUCACCGCCAUCCUCCCUUCGACCCCCCUCCCCUCGACCUCGGCGUGGAUGCACGAAACUGGACUCCCACUCGGACUGUGGUACGCUGUGUUCGUAAUCUACGCGGUGUGCUUGGUGCUCGUUGUGACAACCCCGCGUGGACCUCCUCUGCAUUUCCCAUCGGACGCGAUAUACUCGGACAAGGUUCUCAUGCAAAUCACGUCCAAGUACGAGGAUAACGUAUGCGGCAUCACUGGCGCCUCCGUAUGGGAUAUCCUCCUCUUCUCGUACACCACCAAAGUUGUCAUGCUGGGCAACAUCGCAGAAAGCCUCGAGAUUGGCGACCUGCCAAUCGUAGCCGCGGAUAUGCGUGCCACCACCAUUUAUGCCAGCAUGCGCGACGCGAUGCGCCGUUGGCGGCUGCGCGUUGGGUCGUGGCGACCUGCUCCCGGUUCCGGCAUCGACCUGGGGUACCGCCUGGUCCUCCUGAACAGGAAGGCGCUGUCGCUGAUCAUUUUCCUCGCUGCGCUCGCCGCGAUCUUGUUCUACACCCCGGCAUUCUUCCUGAAGCGCGUCGUGUACUACCUCGAGGUCGACCCGGAGCGGGAAAACAGGGCUUGGGGCUUCGUGUACUGUGUUGGACUGUUCUUGACCAACGCCAUCAUGCUCACGACUACGGGCCAGCUGUGGUCUGUCUCCACGACCACCCUGCAAGUGCGGAUGCGCAUACAACUUAACUCGAUCCUUUUCCAAAAGACACUUGUGAGGAAAGACAUUGCGUCCUCGGCCGCCGCCGAAAACAAGCCUACCGACGACGCAGACAAGGGCAAGAAGGACAAAGACAAGGACGACGAAGACGACUUCUCCAGCAAGGCGCAGAUCAUGACGCUUAUGACCACCGACGUGGACCGCGUGUCCGAGUUCUCUUGGCACCUCUUCACCCUUGUUGACGCCCCGAUCGAGAUCAUCAUUGGCACGAUCUUCCUGUACGACCUGCUUGGCGUCUCGUGCUUCUUUGGUCUGGCGGUGACAUGCCUUUUCCUCCCUCUGAGCCAUUUUGCGGGCAAGGUUGUCGUCGGAGCCCAAGACAACCUCAUGAAGGCUCGUGACGAGCGCGUGUCACUUAUGAACGAGGUGCUCGGCGGUAUUCGCAUGCUCAAAUUCAUGGCGUGGGAGCGCAGCUUCGAAGCCCGCAUCAUGAAGAUCCGGCAGAAGGAACUCAAGUAUCAAAAACUUAACUUUACGAUUGAGGUCUUGUGGCAGGCCAUCUUCAGUGCAUCCCCCAUCCUGGUCACCCUCGUCUCCUUCUGGCACUUCUCCGUCGUCCGCGGGGAGGCCCUCACUCCGUCUAUCGCCUUCACUUCCAUCAGCGUGUUCAACGAGAUGAAGUUUGCCCUUAACGCCCUCCCGGAAACUUUCAUCAACAUGUUACAGUCGACCGUCUCCCUCCGCCGGAUUGAGAAGUACCUUGGCGGAGCGGAAGUCGCUCCUGUUGCUCCUCUUGACGGUCAGCACCAUCCAAUCGCCCUCCAGUCGGCGACAACUCCGUCAACCGCCAGCACCCCGAGGCACAAGUUUAUGCUUAUGGACCUUACCCUCGACUUCCCCAUCGGCGAGCUCUCGCUGACGGAUAUCCUUGCCGGACAGGUGGUGUGUCCACGGUCUCCGCCGGACAUUAUUGCGUCGUUUGCUGGUGUCGAGGUGCCCGAGGAGGAGUGGGUUGUGCCUGGUGUCUGUGCAUACGUGCCACAGACGGCUUGGUUACGCAACGCUUCCAUUAGAGACAACAUCUUGUUUAAUCUCCCGUAUGUGGAGAAACGAUACCAACAAACUCUCGAGGCUUGCGCCCUUUUGAGCGACUUCGAAAUUCUCGAAGAUGGUGACCAGUCCGAGAUCGGUGAACGCGGUGUCAACCUCUCCGGAGGACAAAAGGCGCGAGUCUCACUCGCGCGUGCGGUAUACUCGAGAGCAUCCGUCCUGCUGUUGGACGACGUGCUCUCUGCCGUCGACGCUCACACCGCGCGCCACCUGUACAACGAGUGCCUCCGUGGCGAUCUCAUGAAGGGCCGCACUCUCAUUCUCGUCUCGCAUCAUGUUCAGCUGUGCGCCGCCGGCGCCAAGUACAUCGUCUCCCUCGACAAUGGCCGCGUCCAGUACUCGGGCGACUACGAUGGCUUCCAGCAGUCAGGUGUUCUUAAAACGCUCGUGCAAACCGGCGCGGCCGACCCCACUGACGAGAAGGACGAAGCAACUAUUGUUAAUGUUGAAGAAAUCAUUGACGAGGCGAGCCCAGGUGGGAGCGCGUCCGAAACAAGCUCAACUAUUGCCCCUACGACCGCUACGGGCGAGACCGAGGCGAAAACCGAGAAGAAGAAGAAGGCGCCACGCAGGCUCAUCGAAGAAGAGAAGCGCGCGAUGGGACGGAUUGGGCGGGAUGUCUGGAAGACAUAUAUCGCUGGUUGCGGUAGCUAUGGCUUCUGGGCCCUCUUUGGGCUCUCGUUGGUCCUAGGAACUUUGAGCCCCGUCUUUGAGAACGGUUGGCUGAGGACGUGGUCGGGAGCUUAUAUGAGCGAUCAGGAACCCCGUUCCCCAAUCUUCUACAUCACCGUCUACGCGAUUAUCGCUCUCAUCGGUCUUGUUCUCACCACUCUGCGGUGGUUCUUCCUUUUGAAUGUCAUCCUUUGUUCCUGCGGUACGGGGCUCGGCUCACACUUCCUAACAGACCUGCUCGAGGGUGUGCUGUUCGCCAACAUCCGGUUCCAUGACACCAUCUCUCGCGGCGUCGACAGCAAUCUCCCGGAUCACUUCGGUCGCAGCUUGAUGUACUGUCUGUCCGUUACCACAACGUUCGUCACGAUCACUGUCGUUGGCGGGCCUGUGUUUGUUUUUGCUGCCCUCGUGUUCGGCUUCCUGUACUACAAUGUUGGCAAGGUCUAUGGGCAAACCUCGCGAGACAUGCGUCGCUUGGACUCGGUGACGCGUUCGCCGCUCUACUCCAUCUACGGAGAGACGAUCGCAGGCGUCGCCGUUUUGCGCGCUUUCGGUGCCUCGUCGAAGUUCCUGCGUGAUAUGCUUCGCUUUGCAGACACUAAUGCGAACCCAUACUACUGGAUGUGGAGUAUCAACCGCUGGCUCUCGGCCCGCUUCAAUCUCCUUUCCAGUGCUGUCAUCGGAACGACAGCGUUCGUUUGUGUCCUAACACCCGGGAUCGACGCUUCGCUCGCCGGCUUUGCUCUUGCCUUCGCGUCUUCUCUGCUCGGCGACGUUCGUCGCUUUGUCGGCCUGGAGCAGUCCAUGGUCGCCGUCGAGCGCAUCAAAGAGUUCUCUGAGCUUCCGCGUGAGCCCCCGGAGUUCAUCGAGCCGCGCCCGGCGGCCUCCUGGCCCGAGCACGGUGAGGUCAAGUGCGAAAACCUCGUCAUCAGAUACGCCCCCGAGCUCCCCAAUGUCCUCCACCAGCUCACGUUCGACGUACGCCCCGGAGAGAAGGUCGGCGUUUUGGGCCGCACGGGAUCGGGCAAGAGCACGCUCGCGCUCUCGUUCUUCCGCUUUGUCGAGCCCACGGAGGGUCGCAUCCUCAUCGACGGCGUUGACAUCUCCAAGAUCGGGCUGACCGACCUGAGGAGCAACCUCACCAUCAUUCCUCAGGAUCCGAUCAUCCUGAGUGGCACCUUGCGGACGACGCUGGACGUGUUCAACGAAUACCAGGAUGUCGAGAUUUACGAGGCACUGCGUCGGGUACACCUCAUUCCUUCGGGCGAAGAGAUGACGGAGGUUGAGGAGAGCGUGAACGUGAACGUGUUCCGCAACCUCGACUCGCCUGUGUCCGAGGGCGGUGAAAACUUCUCGACGGGAGAGAAACAGCUGCUUUGCAUGGCCCGUGCGAUCCUGAAGAGGUCAAAGGUGCUUCUCAUGGACGAGGUGAGCACCCCUGUGAGCUGUUGUGGACCAGAGCUGAUCGAGUUCGCGUCGAGCACGAUCCUCACGAUCGCGCACCGUCUCCGCACGGUCAUCGACUACGACCGGGUCAUGCUGCUCGACCAGGGGCGCAUCGCGGAGUACGACACGCCCGGGGCGCUGCUGUCGAACCCCCAGUCCAAGUUCUACGCGCUCUGCAAGGCGACGGGCAAGGACGAGUUUGCGGUGCUGAGGAAGAUGGCCGGGAUAUAG